GUCUUUUUUGAACUUUUCGCCCAAGCGGUCAGCAAUAUUUGUUCAACGGAAAAACACGAAUAUUUUCGUUUGGCAUUUCAUUGAUGCCUACGUUUUGUUGACACGUUGUGAUAUUUGUUGUUGUUCUCCAUUGUCGGCAAACAUUGGGCAUCUAAAUAUAGAUUUUCUAUUUAGAAUGCCACAUUAAAACAAAGUGAAAUGUUUUGAACGAAAUAUUGAAAAACGAGUAAAGAAAUUUUCCCCCAAGAUGUUUCAACGAAUAUUUCUCGUCUUUGUGUUAAUAAUUUUACUUGUCUCUAAUCCCGCAAAAGGACAAAGGGAUAAUUUUGACUAUGUAAAUCCCUCGCCACCGGGUGGUCGCAUACAAAUUGGUCUUAUAACUGAUCUCAACUCGGAGGUUUUGCGUUAUACUUUCGAAAACGCCACAACUAUAAUAAAUGCUGAAUUGACUACCCAACUAGAAGCCCGCCAUGCUGAAAUUGAUUACGGCAAUUCUAUGCAAGGUGUAGAACGUCUCUGCCGCAUGAUGGAGGAAGGUGUUGGUGCUGUAUUUGGUCCUUCGGCUCUAACCACUGGUCAACAUUUGAUGAAUGUAUGCGAUAGCAAAGAUCUACCCUAUAUCCUAUCCUAUAUGAGUGAUUCGAAUGAGGGUUUCAAUUUGCAUCCACAUCCAGCAGAUAUUGCGCAAGCAUUGCAUGCAGUCAUUUCGGCAUUUGAAUGGAGUCGUUAUAUAUUUCUUUAUCAAAAUGCUGCCUACCUCAGUAUUUUGGAUGCCCUUAUGUCCAUCUAUGGUAGUAGCGGUCCCUUUAUUUCUGUUGUACGUUACGAUUUAAAUUUAAAUGGCAACUUCAAAUCUGUUUUGAGGAGAGUAAGAAAAUCGGUGGACAGUCGCUUGGUUGUGGUGGGCUCAUCCGAAUCAGUUGCUGAAGUUCUGAAACAGGCCCAACAGGUUGGCAUUAUGAACGAAGACUACACCUAUAUCAUUGGUAAUCUGGAUUUCCACACCUUCGAUUUGGAGGAGUACAAAUACAGUGAUGCCAACAUCACCGGUUUCCGUAUGUUCUCUGCCCAAAAGCCCGAGGUGCAAAAUCUUAUGCGUGAAAUGGGUUAUUUGCAAAAAUUAACCGAUGACGAACGCUUCAAUGAUGGCGACACCAUAGAUAGUUCAAAUAUUGAUCCCGAUGAUGAGGAGACCCAAGAGCGUAUUCGCCAAAAGGAGAUUGAUAAUGAAGUCAUUCGAAAUGGUUCCUGUCCCAUAACUAUGGAAAUGGCUUUACUUUAUGAUGCCGUCAUUGCUUUUGCCGAGACCACUAAACACAUUCAGUACAUGCCUCAACCGCUUGAUUGUAAACUGGAUGCAGAUAAUGUUCAAGAAGAUGGUUCGACUUUUAAAAAUUACAUGAGAUCGCUCGAUUUCGAUAGAAACACCUUAACUGGUCGUAUUAUCUUUGAUGGCCCACGAAGAAAAGGCUAUGCUUUGGAUGUUAUAGAACUACAAUCAACAGGUCUAGUGAAAGUGGGUGUAUGGGAAGAGAAUAAAAAUUUCACUUUCGAAAGGCCGCCUCAACAAAGACAGGUUACUGCACUAGAUGACAACUCAAUGGUGAAUAAGACAUAUGUGGUCCUGAUAUCAGUACCGAAUCCUCCUUAUGCCAGUUUAGUGGAAUCUCAUAAAAAAUUGCAUGGCAAUAACAUGUAUCAGGGUUAUGGUGUGGAUUUGAUAAAAGAAUUGGCCGACAUAUUGGGCUUCAAUUUUACCCUGAAAAAUGGUGGCUCAAAUUAUGGAUCGUUUAAUAAGACCACCAACACAACAACGGGCAUGUUAAAGAGAAUUGUAGAUGGGGAGGCAGAUUUGGCCAUUACUGAUUUAACCAUAACAUCAGAGCGUGAGGAGGUUGUGGAUUUUACCAUACCUUUCAUGAAUACUGGCAUUGCCAUCUUAUAUUUAAAACCUCAAAAAAGUGAACCCACCACCUUCUCUUUCAUGGACCCCUUUUCGAAACAAGUUUGGAAAUAUUUGGGCAUUGCUUUUUUGUCUGUGUCUUUAUGUUUCUUUAUACUUGGUCGUCUCUCGCCUACGGAAUGGGAUAAUCCUUAUCCUUGUAUUGAGGAACCCGAGGAGUUGGAAAAUCAAUUUACCAUAAAUAAUUCCUUGUGGUUUACCACAGGUGCUUUUCUGCAGCAGGGCUCUGAAAUUGCUCCAAAAGCUCUUUCAACCCGUACAGUUGCGGCCAUCUGGUGUUUCUUCACCCUCAUUAUAGUCUCCUCAUAUACAGCCAAUUUAGCUGCUUUUUUGACCAUAGAAAAUCCCACCAAAGUUUUGGAAAAUGUUAAAGAUCUAUCUGAAAACAAGGGUGGUGUACAAUAUGGAGCCAAGAAGAAUGGAGCCACACGAAAUUUCUUUGCGACUUCUGCCGAGCCCAUAUAUAUAAAAAUGCAUGAAUACAUGAGCAACCAUCAGGAAUUCCUAACCGAAAGUAAUCAAGAAGGUGUGGAUCGUGUUACAAAUAGCGAUACAAAAGGAGGCAACACCUAUGCCUUUCUAAUGGAAUCCACUUCCAUUGAAUAUAAUACAGUGAGAAAUUGUAAAUUGCAGAAGGUUGGCGAUCCAUUGGAUGAGAAGGGCUAUGGCAUUGCCAUGAAGAAAAAUUGGCCCUAUCGUGAUAAAUUUAACAAUGCCUUACUGGAGCUGCAGGAACAAGGAGUGCUGGCCAAACUCAAAAAGAAAUGGUGGAAUGAAAUGGGAGCCAGUGUUUGCACGUCUGGCUCUGAUAGCGGUGUCGUCAAUCCCUUGGCUGUAAAUAACUUGGAAGGUAUUUACUAUGUCCUAAUUGUGGGCUCUGGCAUGUCCAUUGUCUAUGGUGUGACAUGUUGGAUAUUCCAUGUUAUAAAGAAAGCCCAUACUUAUGAAGUUUCCAUUAGAGCUGCGUUUUGGGAAGAGAUAAAAGCUGUCGUUGAUGUGACAAAUAAUGAACGUGUUCUCAAAGGUGCAGCAUCUGUGUAUUCGCGAAGUCGUAAUUCAUCUCUUGAAUCAAUUGAUUCCUUUGCCACGGACUCGGAUAAGGAUGAAAGUAGCAGUAGCAGCAGCAGCGCUGAAGCCAGCGAUGCUGAAGAAAAUGAAUUGUCAUCAAGCUUUGUAUUCUGGAUAAUUGGGGCACUUGUGCUGAUAUGUUCCAAAAUCUCAUUAGCGCAGUACGGAUACGAUCAACGUUAUGAAAAUGUUGGCGAUAACGAACAACCAGAGGAACCACAAAAUAGAAUCACUAUAGGUUUAUUGACCGAUCGAGAAUCUGAAAAAAUGGGCUUAGUUGUGGAGACCGCUAUUGAAAAUGCUAAUGCCAAAUAUGGUACUCAAUUGGAGCUGGCUACAGAUGAAAUUCCAUUUGGAAAUUCAUUUAUGGGCUACAACACCUUGUGUGGCAUGAUGGAGAAUGGCAUUGGUGCCCUUGUAGGCCCUUCAUCAAGACACACUGCCUUUCAUUUAAUGUCGAUUUGUGAUGCCAAAGAUAUACCCUAUUUCUAUUCGUUCAUGGGUGAUGCCACGGAAGCCUUCAAUUUAUACCCCAGUUCUGAGGACAUAGGCAAAGCCAUACAAUCUUUGGUGCUUGCCUUUGAUUGGUCCCGCUUCAUUUUCCUAUAUGAAUCUUCAGAGUAUUUGAAUAUUCUAAAUACCAUCAUGGCCCAAUAUUCGGCAGCUGAUGCUCCCAUGAUUACAGUGUUGAGAUACGAUAUCGGUUUUGAUGGCAAUUACAAGGAUGUCUUGAGAAGAGUACGUAAGUCACCAGAUAAGCAGAUUGUUGUGGUCGGUUCAACAGAGACAAUGCCGGAAUUUUUGAAACAGGCCCAACAAGUUGGCAUUAUCAAUGAAGAUUUUAAAUAUAUCAUUGGAAAUUUGGAUUUUCAUUCAUUCGACUUGGAUGAAUUCAAAUACAGCGAAUCCAAUAUAACCAGCCUGAGAAUGUUCUCACCCGAACAUCCUGUGGUGCAACAGAUUAUGACCAAAUUUGAGUAUCCCACCAUAAGUGAGGGAUUUCAAAAUGGUAAGAAAAACUAAAAUGCCCUGGAAGAAUCAUUUGUUUAACGAAAACCGUUGAUGAUUAAAGGUUCAUGCCCUGUUACAAUGGAAAUGGCUCUUACCUAUGAUGCCAUUCAGUUGUUUGCUGAAACUUCACAAUAUAUACCGCUCAAUCCGGAACCUGUGAAAUGUUCGGAACACAGUGAUAGUGUGGCCACUGAUGGUUCCACGUUUAAGAAUUUCAUGAGAUCGAUCAAAAUGGAUAAGAACACUCUAACCGGCGGUCUUUAUUUCGAUGGUAAUGUUAGAAAAGGCUUUUCUUUUGAUGUGGUCGAACUGCAACCUUCUGGUGUGGUCAAAGUUGGCACCUGGGAUGAGGAGAAGAACUAUACAAGUCAACGACUGGCACCUACCACCGCCAUAUAUGAUACGAAUGACAACUCCUUGGCAAAUAAAACUUUUCUGAUUCUUCUAUCAGUUCCGAAUAAACCCUACGCCAGCAUUGUGGAAUCACAUAAAAAAUUAAUAGGCAAUAACCAAUACGAAGGAUAUGCAGUUGAUUUAAUAAAAUUUUUGGCUUUGAAAUUAGGUUUUAACUACACCUUCAUACCAAGUGGCAACGAUUAUGGCUCGUAUAAUAAGGAGACCAAUCAAUCUACCGGCAUGCUAAAGGAAAUUAUGGAAGGGAGGGCUGACUUGGCCAUUUCCGAUCUCACUAUUACCUCUGAAAGGCAAGAGGCCAUAGAUUUUACCACACCAUUUAUGAAUUUAGGUAUUUCGAUUCUUUUUACCAAACCUCAAAAGGAUACCUCUUCGAUAUUCUCGUUUAUGGAUCCUUUCAAUAACGACGUAUGGCAAGCUUUGGGUUUAUCCUUCAUAGGCGUAUCAUUGUCAUUUUUCAUACUGGGACGUUUAGCACCUACCGAAUGGGACAAUCCAUGUCCAUGCAUAGAGGAACCUACGGAAUUGGAAAAUCAAUUCACUUUAAGUAAUUCCAUAUGGUUUACCACAGGUGCCUUGCUGCAACAGGGAUCCGAUAUUGCACCCAAGGCUUUAUCCGUCAGAACUGUGGCCUCUAUUUGGUGGUUCUUCACUCUUAUUAUGGUAUCGUCAUACACUGCCAACUUGGCUGCCUUCUUGACUGUAGAGACUCCAAAGGUUUUGAUUGAAAACGUUAAAGAUUUGGCUGCCAACAAGGAAGGUGUUGUCUAUGGUGCUAAAAGAACGGGUUCGACAAGGAAUUUCUUUUCGACUUCCGGAGAUCCAACCUACCAGGCAAUGAAUGAAUUCAUGCUGAAACAUCCAGAGCUACUGUUUGAAACCAAUCAAGAGGGUGUGGAAUAUGUAAAGACAAAUAAUCGUUAUGCUUUUCUUAUGGAAUCGACCUCAAUUGAAUACAACACCAUGCGAGAGUGUAAUCUGGCCAAAGUAGGUUCGACUUUGGAUGAGAAGGGCUACGGCAUAGCAAUGAGAAAGAAUUGGGCAUAUCGUGAUAAUUUUAACCAUGCUUUAUUGGAGCUACAGGAACAAGGUGAAUUGGAAAAGUUGAAGAGAAAAUGGUGGAAUGAAAUGGGAGCAAAUUUAUGUUCGACCAAAAAGGAACAGGCUGAUGCUCAACCCUUGAAACUGGAGAAUCUUGGUGGUAUCUACAUUGUUUUAAUAGUGGGCAGUGUAAUGGCAAUGAUUCAUGGCAUUAUUAGUUGGAUGGGAUUUGUGUAUCGCAAAGCAAAAAGUCAUAAGGUGGGCCUCAAAGUUGCCUUCAAAGAAGAAUUGAAAUUUGUUUUGGAAUUUACCACAUACAAUCGAGAUUUGAAAUCAGCAAAUUCGGUUUAUUCACCAAGUCGUAAUUCCUCAUGUACCAUUGAGUCUAUGGAAGGUGACAAUGAUAUGGAAAAAAAUUAAAGUUGUGCGUGUUUUUUUUUCUAAUACAAUAAGCCAAAAAUCUUUUUGUUAUUUAUUUAAAAUCUUGUCUCUGGAAUAAAUUGGAAUGUUAACAA